CAUUCCUUGGGCGGGCAGGUCCCACUGCUCCUCCCCGGCCCUCCCAGCACUGCCCAGGCCUCCCGGCCCUGCAGACACACAUUCCACCAUGGACCUCGACCUGGCAGCAGCCCUGGGAUCCACUUCCAAGAAGCCCGGUGGGGCAGGCCAGGUGGGAGACCUCAGGCACAGUCCCCCCAAAGUUCCGGGCCAGGCAGGGGCAGCUCAUAACCCUAGGCACGGCCAUGGCAGCUCCUCAGACUCCAGCAGCAGCUCCAGCGACUCGGACUCGGACAGGAAGGGGAAGCCCCACGCCGCCGGCGCCGAGCAGCACGGAAGCUCCCCGGGCAAGGCCAAGAAGCCCAAGGUGAAGAAGAACAAGAAGGGCAAGGAGGAGGAGAAGGGCAAGAAGGCUUCCCACUGAGGGGCCCGGGCGGGCUCAUUAAACCUUUCUCCAGCCUUCCGGUCUCUCUCAGCGCUGUGCCGGCCCCUGUCCCUCCCGUCGCGUCCGUCCCCGGCUCCCUGCCCAGCCGAGCUCGUGGCCAAGGAGAGGCGGCCCACGCCGUGCCCAUCGGGCUUUAUUGUUUCGGUAACAGCGGCCGCGCGGGCGGCCUGUGCAGCUGGAGAUCUCAGCACCGCGGCGGGGAGGGGACCUGGGGACGGGGCGGCGCCUGCGCCCGGGCGGGGCGGACCCGGGCGGCGGGCGGAGAUGAGUCCGGCGGCAGCUUGGCGACCGGGAGCCGCAGCGGG